UAGCUAGCUGUUUGGUCAAUUAUGUAGUCAAAGCUAUGAGAGGAACUUUUGAGAUGUGAUGUUGGAUGAUUAGUAACAGUGUACAACAGAUCCUAAACUGGUUGCAUACGUGUAAAUACGCUGGUACAGUUAAGCAGAUUGGGCGACUUGUGUCCCAAUUUGCAGCUCUGAGAUGGCCAGUCAUUUCCGCAGCUACAUCUGGGACCCAAUCCUCAUUGUGUCUCAGAUAGUACUGAUGCAGUGCAUCUACUACAGUUUCCUGGGUUUGUGGUUGGCUGGAGUGGACAGUCUUGUGCAAACCAAUAGGUCAUUGGACCAGAUCUUCAGCUAUGAGGUGCUUGGGUUUGCAACAAUGCAGGGCAGGCUGUCAAUGAUGGCAUUCAUCUUGAAUUCACUUACCUGUGCCCUUGGUCUGUGGUUUUUCAUCCGUCGCGGAAAGCAGUGUCUUGAUUUCACUGUCACUGUGCACUUCUUUCAUAUGAUUGGCUGUUGGAUCUAUAAUGCACAUCUCCCAGCAGCCCUUUCCUGGUGGCUGGUCAAUGUAGCCUGCAUGGCUUUGAUGGCGGUGAUUGGAGAGUACCUGUGCAUGCGGACUGAGCUCAGGGCUAUUCCUGUCAACAGUGGACCCAAGUCGAAUCUUUGACCUCCACCUGAACCAAUUCUGGCACAUAUUUCAUCCUGGGAACUUUUCAACCGACCGACAGGAAUUGGAAUGAUGAAUACCCAAACUAGUGAUGGGAAGCAAUUGAUUUAAGUAGUGGAAGAUUUGAAAAGAAUCCCCUAUCAAUGGAUCUUGAUGUGACUUUUAACCUUUUCAACUUAAAGGUUAUGUAUAGGCCUAUUUAUUUUUUAUUUGAACCGAUUGGAAAGCAGACUUAAGUGUGGAAUGAACCUAAACUAUUUAGAUGGCUUCUUGUCUACCAUAAGGGGUUUUGAUUGUCAAUUAAGAUGGUUGAAUGCUAAAUAUCAAACAUGUUUUGUUGUUCUCUACACUUAUUAACACAUCGUUUACACAUUAUUUAAUCGUUUUUCUUUUGUUCGCUAAAUCGUUUAAUUCUUCAAAUGGUAGAAUGUUAACUUGAUAAGCAAGUAACAUGCAGGAUUUUCAUUCAGUCUUAAACCAUGGUAUAACAGGCAGGUGGUUUGCAUGCAUUGCAUUGUUACAGUCACGCAUCAAGUUCACACCAGUUUAUUAGUGUUUUAUCGCUAUGCAUGGUAUGCUAUACUAUGCAGAACAGAUGGCCACUCUGAGCAUUUGUCAGCCAUCAGCAGUGUUCUGACAGGAUGCUGUCACUGUGCAUCUGUCCUUAAGCUUUCUAUGGAGAACUCCCAUGUAAACUGAUGAAAACUUGUCAUGGUGUAAAUAUGUCUUAUUUUCAUCUGUUACCUUGAUUUGUUUAAAAUCUGGAUAAUGCGGUGUUGUGUUUGCAAACCCUUUCUAAGGGAUGGGCUAUUUGUUUUAAGUCUCGUCAGUAAAUUUGAUUACAUUGCACAUGCUUCACUACUGGACAUUUGUUUAUACUUUCACAGUGAAAAUGAAAUGUUGUCGCUGUAACAUGGUUUAACAUGAUUAAGUCAAUUCCUAUUGUUGAAGUUUAUUUUAAGGUCCCACGUGUAAUAAAGCAAGUCAAAUCUUUAUAGCCUUAAUGUA